GUGGAAAAACAGAGUGUGUUAUAGAGAGACGACGCGAGUGUGUUUUGUUUUGUUGUGUGCAGUGCGAAACAGGAUUCCGGUCGCAGGCCCAAGGUACACACAGAAUCUAUACCACCCAGUGAACUCGGGUUUCGCGUACGUACGUCGUCGUCGUCGUCGUCGUCGUGUACGUGACCGCGCGUCGGUAACCGGCUUUGUCGCGUUCAAUCGUCCCGCUGGAAGGUUCGCGCGUUCCCUUUCUACGUUCCCCGUAUGCGGAGCAAAGGCCCCGCUGGCCGUGGACCGGCUCGACGGACCGUCAGUAGUCCCUUUGUUCCGGUGGAGCACGGUCCCGCGGACCCAUCGCGACGAGACAACUGUUGUUUUGGCGGCUGCGAGUCGCGGCACGCCGCGCGUCGCGUCCUGCAUCCUUGCUGCUGCUGCUGCUGCGAUCGGCGAACAUCCUCGCGACCUUGAACUUGUGUGCCUGUGCAUCCCGCCGCUGCGAGAACAGCCGUCGUCGUCGUCGUGCGUGGUUCGUUUAACCCUGUGGACGCCGGUGCGAUUCAAGUCGAUCCGGUUCGUUUAUCUUUUCUUUUUGUUUCUUUUUUUUUUGUUCCGUUCCGUUUCGUUCCGUUUCGUUUCGUCUCGUCGUACGACAAAGAGCAACUUGUUCCCGCGACGAGAACUGGCAACUAAAUCAGGAGGAAGCCUGCGCCGGGUGGCAGCUGCUGGCGGCCAAGCCUGAAACACCAGACGAGCUCCAACAUGUUCCCAUACACCACCUUCUCCACUGUGGGGCAUCCCACGACUCUUCUCGGCGAAGAGGAGCAAAGGAAAGAGAGGCUAGUCGGUUAAGACAGACGCAGACGGGUCGGGCUUCGAGGGCGGUGGAUCGACGGGACGAGGCCCGACAGACCCGAGGGGACCGAAAACAGGCGACCGUCCUCACCAGAGAGCGCAUCUCCUCUGUCUUGACUAUUUUCUUUCAAGGAUGCAGGCACGAAUCCAAGCCUCGCGGCCCGACGAUGGACCACCAGGCGCGAACGACGGAGCUGCGGUGACCGAGACAUGAUGUAUUGUUUCUCCGCCGGCAUGGAGGCGGCGAACGGUGCGAUCGAGCACGAUUUCCACAAUGCCCUGGUGCCUAUAAACGGUAGCCACUCUGGCAGCUCCGGCAGGAGUACGCCGAACGGAGGAGACCCGGCGCCGGGGAAGCUGUUCGUCGGCGGCCUCUCCUGGCAGACCAGCAGCGAGAAGCUCAGGGAGUACUUCGGGAUGUUUGGCACUGUCACCGACGUCCUCAUCAUGAAGGAUCCGGUCACACAGCGUAGUCGCGGGUUCGGCUUCAUCACGUUCGCCGAGCCGGGUAGCGUGGACAAGGUGCUGAAGUGUCCAAUCCACACGCUGGACGGCAAGAAGAUCGACCCGAAGCACGCGACGCCGAAGAACCGCGCGAAACAGGCGAACCGCACCAAGAAGAUCUUCGUAGGCGGCGUCAGCCAGGACACGAGCAGCGACGAAGUGAAGGCCUACUUCAACCAGUUCGGGAAGGUCGAGGAGACGGUGAUGCUGAUGGACCAGCAGACGAAGCGGCACAGGGGCUUCGGGUUCGUUACGUUCGAGAACGAGGACGUGGUGGACCGGGUCUGCGAGAUCCACUUCCACACGAUCAAGAACAAGAAGGUCGAGUGCAAGAAGGCGCAGCCGAAGGAGGCUGUGCAGCCGGGCGCGCUCGCGCUCGGCAAGAGGGUGGUACUCGGAGCUCUGGGCGUCCGGCUGGCACCCCAGCCGCCGCUCCCGGUGGCCGCGGCCUCCCAGAUCGUGGCCGCGCAGGCACAGGCGCAGGUACAGGCGGCCGCGGCCGCGGCCGCAGCCGCGCAGGUGCAAAACGCCGUGGCCGGAUACGGGAAGCUGUUCGCGAGCAGCUACCCCGCGCUCUCCGCGUACCGGUACGCGCCGUACCCGAUCCCGGCGGCGGCGGUGGCCGCGGCUGCGGCAGCGGCCGCCCCCGCUCCCGCACCGGCACCGCCCGCAGCCGCGGCCGCGGCCGCAGCCGCAGCGGCAGCCACACCAGCCGCCGCCGCGGCCGCCGCAGCCGCGCCGGCAAACCCCUACCAAGGAUACUCGCUGACCAACGUCGACAUGUCCAGCUUCCAGGGCGUCGACUGGGGCUCCAUGUACGGGAUGGGCAUGUACGUGUAAAAAACUAACGUCGGAACACCGAACACACUCUGAACUCUCUGAUCCGAACGCGCGCGCUGUCGAUGCCCGGCGUCGCACACACACACAUAUACACACACACUAACACACUGAUACUGAUACUGAUACUGAUACUGAUACAUAUUCACACACAGAGAGAGAUCUGUGUAAUUCGCGUUACCUUUCCAUCACGAGAGAUUAGAUCGGCGCGCACGCUUCCGUUCGCCUUGCUCCACUCCCCUUAGCUGCCAGAAGCGGCACACACACACACACAUACACGGAUACCGGAUUAAACUACGGUCAUCUUCUUCCUACGACAACCUGCGCCCCUGCGCGAACACCUUCCCCCUCCGGGUCACUUUAUUUUCUAUUCCGAGCUUCCAUGUUCGACUGUCACACGUUUCACGAGACACACACGCACGCGCGCGCGCACACAUAUAUACAUUUCUCCGGUGAACUCUCCGCUUCCGGACCAACGGCGGGACAAAGGCAAAGGUCUUUCGGGCCACGGAGGGACGAGGAGGACGCGCCCGGGAACUAUAACGGAAGCGCCGCGAGCUCGGACAGGAUCAGAGUAGUCUUGUUAAGUAGACCGACGGCACCCGGCACACGCGAGCGAGGACUGUUUCCGGCCGGGACGGGACACACACACCGAAGUCAUUCUUUUCUUGCGUUUAACUCUUAAUCGUCAUGUUAUUAUCGCUUGUCAAUUAAUUUAUUAGCGAGAGAAUCUGAGAUUUCGUCGAGGCGACCGCGAGCGAACGAGACUGCGUGUGGAAUGCGUGCGUGUGUACACAACAGAGACAGAAAGUGCGUGAGCGCGCGCGCAUGUGUGCAAGAUAGCGAGAGAGAGAGAGAGAGAGAGAGAGAAUGAGAAAACGAGAGCGCGCGUCCGUUUGACCCGCGAGUUGAUUGCGUUUCGCGUUUUUUCCGCCGCACUCGGUUCCUAUAUAGUUAGCGUUAGCAUGCUCCCCGUCAACGUUCACACACUCACACGAGAGCACGGACAUACAUACACACACAUACAUACGUACAUACGUAAAAACAUACAACACACGAGACACAUCGCGUACAGCGGUGAUUCCCGCCGGCCUUUCGCCGCGCCCGUUCGUAACACGACGACGAAAAAACUGCUUACUUACUUACUUAAUUACACACUUACUUAAACUAAUUAAUUAAGCGAUAUAUACCGGCGGCCGCGUGAAACCGCGACCGCCCCCCACUCUCAAGGAUCUCGACCACGAAGCAAUAAAACAGGGGAGGUAGAAACAGAGAGAAAGCAAGCAAGCAAGAGAGAGAGAGAGAGAGAGAGAGAGAGAAAGAAAGAAAGCCGAGGACGCAGCGUCGCGCGAUCCCGUUCCGCGUUUUCUCAACAACAACAAGCACGCCGGUGAACGGGUCACGCCUCCGCCGACACGCGACCCCAACUCCCGCGGGCUAGCCACUUCGAAUCAUCUUCCCAUCGCGAAUCAUCUGGCCCGAGAAAAAAAAUCAAUCUGGAUCGAUCGAACUUCCCGGGACCUUUCCGCGCGAUACGGUUCCAAGAAAGGUGUCGGGUCGCGUCGGGUCGGGUCUGGUCUGGUCGGGUCGGGUCGGCGACGCCUGAAACGCCCGCGCAUCCUCUCUUCCUGUUCCGAACACGAGGCAGUUCUCCCGUUGGUCGCUAAUUCCUCUCCGCCUCGGUGAAAGUGCCAAACGAAACCGCUGGAGGGAACGUCGCCGGAAAUCCACGGGUACCACGCGCGACUCCGCUGAAAAUCGGGCCCGUUCAUCGGCGUGCUUCCGGCCGUCCGCGCGAUCCUCCGCGGGUCCGACGGUUCUCCGAGGCAACGCGAUCCUCGUCGACGACGGCGAUUCAUAGGUUCAGUCCUCCGCGGGCCACGCGACGAGCGUAGCGGCAACUUUUAUGCUCAGUCUGCGGACGCCUAACCUUAACGGGGCGACGCUUUCGGGUUCGGAUCCGCGGCAGUCGUUAAGGCUAGGUUCCUCGGUGGUACGUACACAGUGUGUGGUUUCACGCUAUAGUAAAUGCACGCUGGUCGCGCGGCGCGCAGGGCGCAGCCCGACGUCUUUGGCAACAGCGCAACUGCGGCGUUGCCGGGUCGCUGGCUGAAAGGCGACGUCACCGGCGUGCUCGGAUCG